CACAAUGCAUCAUCGCCUUUCGUGCCCUUAAAUUGAAUGAAUGAUCGAGCGCAGUCACACGAGGUUUCUCGUAGAAAUUGAAAGUAAAACCGAAAAAAUGCAUCAUUGCUUCUUCUUUUUUCUUUUUAACAAGUGACCUUUGCUUACCAUUUUUGUUUUUUUGCAUCUAAAUGGAAGUUAUCUAUUUGACGAGAUAGAAUAUGAACUGAGCAUACCAAAUAGCAUGUGGAAACCCAAGUUUAGUGACCGGUGUACAGCAAUACAACAUUCAAGAGCUAACUGGCUAACCUAACAACCUCCAAUUACACUAAUUGUACGGAACCACGAUCUGGAAACGUCGGCUGCCUCUCAAAGUCGAACCCUAACAUCCAAAUUCUAACGAAAAAACCUAAAAAUACGCUCCAAAAUAAUAAUCAGCUUGAUCAAUCGGCUGUUUUCUUCAAUGGACUUACAGACACAGCCGGAACAGUCUCAAUCUCAUUCUCACUCUCCGUCACUAGAAGAUUGCUUGAAGCUCUUAAAAGGUGAGAGAGAUGAGCAACGCCUCGCAGGUUUGCUUCUUGUCACAAAAUUUUGCAAAGGCGACGACGUCGUUUCACUUCGCAAGGUUCAUGAUGCAGUUGGUGUUCGGUUCCUCGACCGACUAUUGAGAACUGGAUUGGGAACAGGAAGCAACAGUAACAGUGUAGACAGUAAUCGCGAUGCAUAUUUGCAGCUAUCAGUUACGGUUCUUGCUGCAUUUUGCCGCGUUCCUGAGAUUGCUUCUUCGGAAGAUAUGGUUGCGAAGAUUCCCUUUAUAGUAGAAAUAAUGUCGAAGGAGCCCGGAGCAUCUGUCAUUGAAGAAUGCUUUGAGUUUUUAUAUCUGGUAACGACGGCUAGUGGAGAUGGUGUCACAACAUUGUAUGAAUGUGGAGGCAUGAGAGUGCUGGUUUUUCAGAUGUCUACCUUGCCAGACGGUUCUCACCCAAUGGAAGUUGCUAUUAAACUUGUUCAAUUGAUACUAAGUAAGCUAUCUCUGGAAAUUAUUAUGAAUGAUCACUUGUCAGAGCUGUCAAUGAUGGUGGUCACAAUAGCUAGACAGUUUGCUAUUUUACACAGUGCACUGAAGUUUGACUCACUUCACUUACUCGUUGCCAUUAUAUCUUCACAUUACUCGGCACUUUUUCAUGAUCCUCUUCGGGUACUGCCAGAAAGAAAUUGGUCAAUGUAUAUGCAUGUUGGUAUUGUAGCCAUUUUACAAAACCGUGUUGCACCUGCAGAGAAGCUCCAAGCCCUCAUUUUGGCUGAAUCUAUGGUUUCUAUAAUGGGUGAAGAAUGGCUGAUCACUAAGAUAGAGUUGCCUGAUAUACAAGACUCUAUUCCAGCUGACAGGUGCCUUCUGCUUGUCUUGGAGUCAGCAAGGGUUGAGAUUGCUGUUUUGCUAAAUGAGCUCGCCUACUUGAAAUAUGAAGCUCCUAAGAAUACUUCAACAACCUCUGAAAGUUUUCUUUUAAAGCAACGGAAUUUGGCUGUUGCCUUUUCCCUGGUAGAGAAGAUUAUUAAGUUAAUAUCAAACAUUGGUGAAAACCAAGGUGACAGUAUCAAUGAAAAUACUUUCACAAAGGUGAUAAAUGGCCUCGAUGAGACUAUUGGUGUAGUUCUAGAGUAUCUACAAGAUGCAAAGGAACAUGGACAAAAGAAAGGGAAUGAUCUUCUUGCUUCAGUGCGGCUUGUUGGGAGUUACCUUGCAGAAACUCCUGUAGCGUGUAAAGAGAAGGUGAGAGAACUUUUACAGUAUAUGCUUUUGGUUGAAGGUGAAGAUGAACCAAGCCCCUUUUAUUCUAUUUGCUUCCUGCUUCCCAUGCUCUGUCAAACUACAAUGAAUAUUGAAGGAUGCAAAGCUUUGGUAUCUUAUGGAGUUUAUAAAGCUGUUGUUGAAUGCCUCAUAAAAUUGAUUGGACCAGGUUGUAAUGUGGUUGAGAAUAAUGAUUGCAUCUUCUUGGCAUGUGAUACUAUCUUGAAUCUUCUUUUGAAAAAGGAACAAGUGCAAUUUCCAGUGGAUGAUUCAACUCUUCAUCUUUUGAAAGCAUUGGCAUAUUGGACAGAUAACACUAAUGACACAUCCAUCAUUGUGAUGGCUUCAAGUAUUUGUGCUCUUAUAUUUGAUAUGACAUCAGAGGAGGCUCUUGUAAAGAAUCCUAACUUUGACAAUAACUCUCUUAAUAGAUUGUCUAAGCUCAUCGCCACAAGUUUGGCUUCUCGGGGGCAGGAUAAGUCUGAUGCCGCUAAGGCAGAUACGGAUCUUCUUGAGAUAGUAAUGGCAGGAUAUUCACGGUGGGCUCAUCGUUUUCCUUGUAUAAGAGAGAGAGUUGAGAGAUAAGUUGAUCAAAUCUACAAAUUAUUUAAGUAGGUUUCAUUGUCAUUUAGUUUUCUGUAAUUUUGUUCAAUCAUAAUCUUAUGUAUUGGUGAUUGUAGCUGAUAUUUCUCUGUCUAUGUAUAUAUUCUUAAGUAGAAAAUUUUGUUCAGAUGAAAGGAAAAGGAAGUAUGUGUUGCUAUGUA